CGCAGUUCGCAGUCUCCUCCUGUCUGUCGGUCAGGAUAAAAGCAGACUGUCCACCAUUUUUAACUCCCACUUCCAGCUGGGUCGGUUAUUCUUUGAGUUGUUUUACAGCUUUAGUCGAUCGCAGUCAGCGAAACUAUCGUCAUCGUGUAUACGUUCUUCGUUUCAAAAUAUUCAUAAAUUCUAAAAAACAACAAUGGCUGGAAAACAACGAGUGUGUAUCGUUGGAUCUGGAAACUGGGGCUCUGCGAUCGCUAAAAUAGUAGGAGCCAAUGCUAAACGGUUGGAAAACUUUGAGGAGCGUGUGACGAUGUACGUUUUUGAGGAGAUGAUUGAAGGAAGAAAACUGACGGAGAUUAUAAAUGAAACACACGAGAACGUUAAAUACCUGCCAGGACACACAUUGCCUGACAAUGUGGUGGCUGUGCCCGACGUAGCCGAGGCAGCGAGAGACGCCGAUAUAUUGAUAUUCGUUGUUCCUCAUCAGUUUAUACGUCGGAUAUGCAAAACUCUAUUGGGUAACAUAAAACCUACAGCGGUUGGUUUAUCGCUUAUCAAAGGAUUCGACAAGAAAGAAGGCGGUGGCAUAGAGCUCAUAUCCCACAUUAUUUCGGAGCAACUGAGUAUUCCAGUCUGUGUUUUGAUGGGUGCUAAUCUCGCGUCGGAGGUUGCCGAUGAAAUGUUUUGCGAAACGACUAUAGGCUGUAAGGACAAAGUAAUGGCUCCAAUUCUCAGGGAUAUCAUUCAGACUUCUUUCUUUCGGGUGGUAGUCGUUGACGACGUUGACUCGGUCGAAUGUUGCGGUGCUCUCAAGAAUAUCGUAGCCUGCGGUGCGGGCUUCGUUGAUGGGCUUGGACUCGGUGAUAACACAAAAGCUGCGGUCAUAAGGCUCGGACUUAUGGAAAUGAUUAAAUUCGUCGAUGUGUUUUUCCCUGGUGGUAAGCUCGCGACUUUCUUCGAAAGUUGCGGCGUUGCUGAUCUCAUUACAACAUGUUACGGUGGCCGAAAUCGUAAAGUGUCUGAAGCUUUCGUGAGAACUGGCAAGUCGAUAAUUGAGCUGGAGAAGGAAAUGCUCAACGGGCAAAAGCUCCAGGGUCCGUUCACCGCCGAGGAGGUAAAUUACAUGUUGAAAUUGAAAAAUAUGGAGGAUAAAUUUCCACUUUUCACGGCUAUCCAUCGAAUCUGCAUCGGUGAGCUCAAGCCGGAAGAUAUGAUCGACUGUAUUCGCCGCCAUCCUGAACACAUGUACGACGACAAUACCAGCGCGUUCGCACAAGUUUUAUCAUCUCCGAUGUGCCAUCUCUGAACAUUGUCUGAAGUGGAGAAAUGGGAUACAGAGCUAGGGAGGAAGGAACGAAGAGACUCGAAAAAACUUUAUUUUGUCAUAACGAUCACUCAUUUCGGUAUGCCGUGCAAUAUAUCAUCAGGACAUUUUGAUAUCAUAUUAAUAUAUCUUCGCGCUUUUAUAAAUAUGUAAAUAGAAUACGUCAACGUAAUAUUACAAGGACGAUCGGAAUUUUGUAUGAUAAUACAAUUUGUAUAAGAUAAAUUUUGCUUUCACAUGUUGCGUCCUCAUUCAGGAAACUUUCUUCGCGUGUUUUCGAAGAAAAUAUGGAUGUUGUGAAAAGAAAUUGGAAAGUUGUUUACACGAAUAAGGAUCCAAUAUCGUUUUUCAAAUCCUAAAAAUUUCGUAAAAUUGUAAAAAUGUAUAGUGAAAUUGAUUUUCUUUCUGAAUAUUCCAAUGAGUAAAAGCUUAAAAUCUUGUCAAUUUUCAAGGUUCUAUAGCAUAAACUUUUAAUGUUCCCUCAUCCUAAAGAUUAUAGAAAAUUAAGUACCACUUGGUGAACAGAUAAAAUGUGAUCAAAAUUACGAUUAAAUUGAGUGAAAUUUGGUGGAGGAAAUGUAAAUGUGAAAUAAAAAUUGUCACAAAUGUU